AUGCAAGCUCCGGUUAUUAUGCUCAAUACCGGUGCCGGUGAACGGCAAACCGGCAGGAAAGCACAGCUAUCAAAUAUUACCGCGGCGAAAACCGUCGCGGAUAUUAUCCGAUCAUGCCUCGGUCCUAAAGCCAUGUUGAAGAUGUUGUUGGAUCCUAUGGGCGGUAUUGUUUUGACAAACGACGGCCACGCAAUAUUACGAGAAAUCGAGGUUGCCCAUCCAGCUGCAAAGAGCAUGAUCGAGCUAAGUAGGACGCAGGACGAGGAAGUUGGUGAUGGAACGACAACGGUCAUUAUCCUUGCCGGCGAGAUUCUAGCUCAGGCCCUUCCCCACCUCGAACGCCAUAUCCACCCCGUUACCAUUAUUCAAGCUUUCAAGCGGGCUCUGUCAGAUGCUCUCGAAGUUAUCGAAAAGAUCUCGAUUCCUGUCGAUGUCACCUCAGACGAGGAAAUGAUGAAGCUGAUUUCUUCAUCUAUCGGCACGAAAUUUGUCUCUCGAUGGAGCGAUCUGAUGUGCGGCCUAGCACUCAAAGCCGUGCGUGUAGUAGCCGCAGAAGUUGGUGGUGGAAAUAAAGAGGUCGACAUUAAGAGAUACGCUAGGGUGGAGAAGAUCCCCGGCGGCCAAAUCGAGGAUAGUAGGGUUUUAGACGGUGUUAUGCUCAACAAAGACAUCACACAUCCAAAGAUGAGGAGAAGGAUAGAGAACCCAAGGGUCAUCUUGUUGGAUUGCCCGUUGGAAUACAAGAAGGGUGAAUCGCAGACAAACAUUGAAAUUUCCAAGGAGGAGGAUUGGAAUAAGAUCCUAGAGAUUGAAGAGCAGCAAGUAAAAUCUCUGUGCGAACACAUCCUAGCUCUAAAGCCGGAUUUGGUCAUCACAGAAAAGGGCGUGUCAGACCUCGCCCAACAUUACUUGCUCAAGGGCAAUGUCACUGCAUUGAGACGGGUUCGCAAAUCUGACAACAACAGAAUAGCGAGAGCAACCGGUGCUACAAUUGUGAAUAGGGUUGAAGACCUCCAGGAAUCCGAUGUUGGAAAUAAGUGUGGGCUUUUCGAGAUUGAGAAGAUUGGUGACGAAUAUUUCUCCUUUAUUACCAAGUGCGAGGACCCCAAGGCUUGCACAAUCUUAUUACGAGGGCCAUCGAAGGAUAUUUUGAACGAGAUUGAAAGAAAUCUGCAGGAUGCCAUGUCGGUUGCUCGUAAUGUCUUUUUCCACCCGAGGUUAUCUCCUGGUGGUGGUGCUACCGAAAUGGCGGUUGCUGUGAAGCUCCAAGAGCUCGCUAAGCAGGUAGAAGGUGUUCAACAGUGGCCCUAUAAAGCGGUUGCCGAUGCUAUGGAGGUCAUCCCUAGGACACUUAUCCAAAACUGCGGUGCUAGUCCAGUUAGAGUGUUGACCCAACUCCGGGCCAAGCAUGCUGAGGGCGGAUACACCUGGGGCAUUAAUGGUGACACCGGAAAGAUUGUUGAUAUGCACGAGUACGGCGUGUGGGAACCAGAAGCAGUCAAGCUUCAGAGUUUGAAGACUGCCAUUGAGUCUGCCUGCCUGCUGUUGAGGGUCGACGAAAUCUGUGGUGCGAAAAGCGGGAAGCAAGGAGGUGGAGGUGGUGCCGAAGAAUAG